GCCAGUGCUGGACACAGCACGGAAAGGGACAGGGGAAAACACUAACAACAACAGCCUUUCCUCCUGGGCUCUCUCAGGGAAGAAAUGAUUCUGCAAAAAUUCAAGCUAGAGGAAUUUGCCAAACCUGGCUUGCCCCGACCAGAAGGCCUGCUGACCUCUCAGGCUAAAAAUACCAUGAUGCAUCUCACCGGCCAGAACCACCGGCUGGCGUCUAAAAAUGUAUGUGAUUCCAAAACACCUGGCCUCCAUCUGUCAGCUACACAGGGAGGGGAAGAGGAGGAGGUGGUGAUGGUGAGUCGGCUUAAGCCUGGCUCUGCCAUACUGCCAACUCUGGGCCUAGAGGGCCCUGCCACCCAGAGAGACUCCUCGCUCCUGGUCAGGUCCAGGUCUCCCCUGCCUGGCUCAUCUCGAGAGAGGGAGAACCUGCCCCCGCGGCGGCCUCUGAAGCUGGCCCCUCUGGAGCUGCCCAGGGAGGUACAGAAGGCCCAGAGACAGAAGAUGAAGGGGAUUGGGCUGCAGGCCAAGACUGCUGCCCGCAAACUGGACACUACGGUAGGGGACCAACACUGCCACAGGAAGGUGAAGGCCUGUGGGGUGAGAGGAGAGGGACCAGAACUGGUUAAAGGUGCGGCAGAGUGUGUCUCCACCCCAGCCACACGUCCCCUACCCCUGACUGAAACAGCUCCCAGAGUCCAGCGACAGCAGAAGGUUCAGAGAGCGGAUCUUGCUCAUACCAACCCAAUCCAGAGACACACAGGAGACAGGCUCUCAGAAGACGCUGGUACUGCCAUUAAAGACCUCCAUCCUCCUCCUAGCAGCAAACCAGCCUCUCCCUCUGCCUCUUUCCCCGUCAGUGCCAAAGCUCAGGCCCAGCAGGCGGUAGCACCAUAUGGCGAGGAGAGCGUAUGCCAAGCGACCGGCACGUUCCAGCAGGAGACCGGUAAAAAGAGGCUACGUCUGAGGAGGGCAGAGCGCCUCGAAGAGGAUCAGAGCAAAUCUAACAUGUCAACAGGAGGAUUACCUGGGGAAGAGGCCAAGCUGGCAGGAGGUGUCCAGCAGGGAAAAGCCCUGAGGGUAGAAAAGACAGAGAAGGCUCUGAGGACAGAGAAAGCCCUGAAGGAGGCCAGUCGCAUGCUGGAGAAGGCUUCCAGGAAGAACGCCAGGCCGGAAUCACCGGAGAACCCGCUGGAAGUGUCUGGAAAGGCCAUCAGGAGAAUGGCAGUGAGCAACCUCCAGGACGCUGUCCUUUGACCUCUGACCUCUGAUCUUUGACCUCUUAACCCCUGACUCCUUUUGACCAGCCCAGGAAUUAGUGAAAACAGACUUGAUAGUGUUAAACGGUGUGUUUACUUGCGCUUAUCACCUGGAGAUUACUAUAGAAAAGCCCCUGUAUCUUACUUCACACAACAUCUGGUAUUCAAAGCAACAAGCCAGUUACCCUGGCAGGCAGUAUGUACAGUAUAGUAUAUAACACAGGAUAAAUAUAUUAUGGACCAAAAACAUACUUAUUUAUUUAUUAUUUUGUAGAAAUGAUGAUGCUUGUAAUAAAAAAUGUUGCAUACCAACAUGGUUCUAUUAGAAUAUGUCAAAAAUAGUAACAUUUAACCAUUAUAGAUAUUCUGAUGAGAUAUGUCUGCAUAUGCAGGUGACAUAAUUAUAUUUGAGCUUCACAGAGUAUGUAAAGCUAUGCGAAACUGACAUGCAUUCAGGGAUUAUUAUCAAGGACUCAUCUGACCGAUACAUUGGCUUCAUCUAUGACCACUGAAACAGUUCCAUCUAGUCCAAACAAUGGCAUUGAUUCGUAACAUAUCAGAACUCACAAACAGAGCUGCAGCAGUAAUCAGAUGUUUACAUUGAC